AUGAUUACUCUACCAGCUUUGACCGGGGACAUCAGCGUUUCCGUUAACUCCAAGGCUACGAAAACCGCCUCUGUGCGCCGUCCUGUGGAACCAGUGGGUCGUUACUUCAUGCACCAUGCCCAAAGGACUUUGAGAAAUCACACCUGGUCAGAAUUUGAACAAAUCCAAGCCAGUCAGAACGUGCAGCGCGUCGAAGAAUCUGUCGAUCCUGAUGAGGCUUUGCUAGACGAAGAUCUUACCGACAAAUCGUUGCUCGAGCACGACCCAAGAGACUGGAAAACCGCAGACUUGUACGCUGCGAUGGGUCUUUCCAACCUCCGUUAUAAGGCUACUGAUGCCCAGAUUGUGAAAGCACACAGAAAGCAAGUGUUGAAGCACCACCCUGACAAAAAGUCGGCUUCUGGUGGACUAGAACAGGACGGCUUUUUCAAAAUCAUCCAAAAGGCUUACGAAACUUUGACAGACUCCAACAAAAGAGCGCAAUAUGACUCGUGUGACUACAAUGCGGACGUUGCUCCUCCAAAGAAGGGUGGUGAAUACGACUUUUUUGAGGCCUGGAGCCCGGUUUUCGACUCUGAGGCCCGUUUCUCUAAGAAGCAACCUGUUCCUUCCCUAGGUGGACCAGAUGCCACCAAAGAGGAAGUUGAAAAGUUCUACAACUUCUGGCACAGAUUCGACUCCUGGAGAACUUUUGAGUUCGCCGAUGAGGAAGUUCCAGAUGACUCUUCCAACAGAGAUCACAAGCGUUACAUCGAGAGAAAAAACAAAGCUGCUAGAGACAAGAAGAAGACCGCAGACAACUCUCGUCUUGCUAAGCUGAUCGAGAGAGUCACCAGUGAGGACCCUCGUAUCAAGCAGUUUAAGGAGGCUGAAAAGAAGGAGAAGGAAAGAAAGAAAUGGGAAAGAGAAGCGGGCUCUCGUGCUGAAGCCGAAGCUAAGGCUAAGGCUGAAGCUGAGGCCAAAGCUAAAGCCGAAGCUGACGCUGCUAACGCUGCCAAUGCCAAGGUUGAUAAAAAGAAGGCCAAGGAGGCCGCCAAGGCUGCCAAGAAGAAGAACAAGAGAGCUGUGCGUACCAGUGCUCAAGCUGCUGAAUACUUUGGUGACGCUGACAAAGCUGCCACUAUCGACGAGCAGGUUGGUCUCAUUGUCGACUCCGUGGAUGAUGAGCAAUUGGUUUAUCUAGCUGAAAAGAUCAAGGGUGAUGCCAAGGCCGCUUUGGUCGAAGCUGCCAACUCGUUAGUCGAGGCUAAGAAGCUUCCUGCCUCUUUGUUGUCUUACUUUGUCUAG